ACACACACACACACACUGUCACCAUGAGUGCGUGCAGCAGGAAGGCCCUGACUUUGCUCAGCAGUGUCUUCGCAAUCAGCAGCUUGGGUCUGCUGGGAGUGGCAGUCAGCACUGACUACUGGUUGUACCUGGAAGAGGGCGUCAUCAUGCCUCUGAACCAGAGCACUGACAUCAAGGCUUCGCUGCACUCGGGCCUCUGGAGGGUCUGCUUCCUUGCGGGUGAGGAGUCUGGUCGGUGUUUUACCAUCGAGUACAUCAUGCCCAUGAAUGUCCAGCUCACGUCAGAGUCCACCGUGAACAUGCUCAAGAUGAUCCGCUCAGCCACUCCGUUCCCUCUGGUCAGCCUUUUCUUCAUGUUUAUCGGUUUUGUCCUCAACAACAUUGGGCACAUUCGUCCUCACCGCACCAUCCUGGCCUUUGUCUCUGGAAUCUUCUUCAUCCUCUCAGGUCUGGCUCUGGUGGUGGGUCUGGUGCUGUAUAUUUCCAGUAUAAAUGAUGAAAUGUUGAACAGGACUAAAAGCAGUGAGGCCUAUUUUACCUACAAAUAUGGCUGGUCCUUCGCCUUCGCUGCCAUUUCCUUCCUGCUCACCGAGAGUGCAGGCGUCAUGUCAGUGUACCUGUUCAUGAAGCGCUACACAGCAGAGGAGAUGUACCAGCCGCGUCACCCCAGUUUCUACCGCCCCCGACUCAGCAACUGCUCUGACCACUCAGGCCAGUUCCUCCAUCCAGAAGCCUGGUCCCGUGGACGUAGUCCCUCAGACAUCUCUAGUGAAGCUUCACUCCAGAUGAGUGCCAGCUACCCCACACUGCUCAAAUGCCCUGACUAUGACAUGGUGUCCUCUUCACCCUGCUGAUGAUCGAGGUCAGGUGAAGAUAUAAAUGAAGAAUUAAAAGGCAGAGUGAAGACAGCGAGGAAAAACCCUUGUUUGGACUGUUAAGUGUAAUUAUAGUCAAACAACGAUAAUAAAUCAAGCUUUUUGCACCGUUUACUGUCAUCUAAGUGUACAGUUAAACCCUCAAAAUGUAAAAUACUUUGGGGAAUUAAUGUAAAACUAUAAAACCACACACAGUUGACAAUACUAUACCCUGGUGGGUCCUUCUAUAGGAAAAACGUCCAAGGACCUUGUGCUGCACUGAUGAUGUGUCCUCAAAUUUUCCUUUAAUAUAUGAAUGAAUACUUAAAAAUAGCAAAUAAAUUAUUUAACAGAACAAGAUCUGUCUGGUUAAAAUUAGUAAAUAAGAAAUUCAAAUAUCAUUUAUUGGGGAUAUCUGUCAACCCCUAGUGGUUGGCAACCGAUAUCUGACCUGAUGUGGAGAAUAAAGUCUAGUUCAUGUUUGAAAUUGCUCAUACAUCACAAUGUUUAUGUCACAAUGAGUCAGUCAUUUUUUUCUUUCAAUGAAAAAUCUCCAUAGUAUGUGAUGUAAGUUAAUUUGAUUCACAUUUUAUUUCUGCCUCUGAAUGAAUAUUUAAGUAUUUCUACAAACUGAAUGUAAACAAAGUCUGUCCACAUCAAGAAUCCCUUGAUGUGGACAGAAAAACACACAAAUUGCUGUCAAGAAAGGAAAACAGAAUCUUAUUCACAAUAUCCCAUUCAACAGCUGAUUGUAAUAUUCAGUCAUGCUUCCACUUGGUCAGCCAUUGGCAGAAGACGGGUGUGAAUGAUGUCUCUCCAAAGGAAACAUCUUGUCCUGCUGAUGUGCUCUUGAAGAAGAUAGACAGUGUGGUCACUAAAGUUAAACAUUUUCAUUUCAAAAAUGUAAAAUGUUCAUUUCCAUCCAGUGUGAGAGAACCAGGUAUUGUAGUACAACAAGAAUGAGCGAGGCACAAAUGGUAUAUAAGAUAUAAAGUAUUUGGAUAUUAAAUUUGUGUUGAUGUGAAGACGUUGGGGUGAAUGACUCGUUGUGCUGUAACAUUUAAAAUGUGGACGAAUCAUCCAUG